UUGUUAUCAUCCAAGCACAAUAAUCUAAAACAAAAGAAAGAACCAAAUACAUGCCAAAAAGAAAUAUAUGAUUCAUUAAAUUCUAGAGCUAUAGUUCUUGAUUGAACACGAUCCCAACAUGGGGUUCCUUGGAUUCUCCAAAUCCAAUCCCAGAAGUUAUUGGAUUGCUGGUGCAAUAGCUCUUGUUAUCAUUCUCACAAUUAUCUUAAAGAAGUUAGGCAUUUAUCUAUAUUGUAAAGGCAAUAAGCAGCUCUCGAAAACCAAACCAGAUGAAGAAAAUCAAGUUGAUGAAAAGUCUAUGGACAGUAUUGAUUCUGAUGCUACUAUAAGAACUUAUGCACUAGAAGAGUUGAAGAUGGCAACCAAAGACUUCAAGAUUCGGAUUGGCGUGGGAGCAACUUCAUAUGUUUAUCUGGCUGAGCUUGGAGAUGGAAAACUAGGCACGGUGAAGCGAGUCAUGGAGGAAAGAGGUGGCAAAACAAAGAUGUUCUUGGAUGAAGUCUCUGUCUUGCUUAGGAUAUCACAUCCAAACUUGGUUGGGCUAAUGGGAUUUUGCUUGGAAAAAGGAGAACAAUUGCUACUUUUGGAGUAUGUUCCAAACAAAAGCCUCUUUGAGAGGAUACACACAUACAAUGGUCAAUCCUCUGGUAUCCUAUCAUGGUCUAAUCGUCUAAACAUUGCAUUAGACGUCGCUCGUGCUCUUGACUAUCUCCACUCAGUAGCCGAUCCUCCUGUCAUACACAGAGAUAUCAAGUCAUCAAACAUUCUGUUAAUUGACGACGAUCAUGCCAAGCUUGCUGAUUUCGGGCUAUGCAAGUUAGGCAAUGAUGUUGUAAGCGCAAGUACUCCUACUAAAGUAAAAGGUUCACUCGGUUAUGUUGACACCUAUUACCUUAACACGGGGCUAGUGUCACCAAAAAUUGAUGUUUAUAGCUUUGGAGUGCUACUUCUCGAGCUCAUUACAGGGCUCAAGUCGGUGCAGGGCUCGAUGACACUUGCCGAAUGGACUGAGGAAUGCAGGAAUAAUGAGAAUAUGGAUGUGCUAAUUGGUAUGUUGCAGCCAGAACUCAAUGGUAAUGUAGAUAUAGAACAGCUAAGGGUUUUGGUUGAUGUGGCUAACUCAGCUUUGAUUGAAAAUUCUGAAGCAAGACCAAACAUGACACAGAUUGUCUAUAGAAUUUCAAGUUGCAUGGAGCCUCCGCCUGUCCCUGAAUUACCUGUAUAGAACUAAGAAGUGUCUAAAAUUAGUACCAUUAAGUCCUUUUUUUUUUUUCUACAUGAACAUAAAUGCAAAAACAUCUA